AGGCAGGGGAAAUGUGCGGAUCCGUGUAAGUGCCGCUGUUAUUGUCCUGGCCAGAAGGUGCUCGUCGCCUCUGUCACGCCAGCCUGUGACUGUCACUCGGAUUUGGACCAGGACCUCCUUACGCCACGCCGAGCCGUCACCAUGCAUUCAGUUCGGAGCCCCGGAGACACACCCAGGAGAGCUGAUCCGACUUUUUAGGGGUAGCGGGCUGAGAUCGCCGCCCUUUAACAGGAAGACGUGCCAUCGGACAGACCCUAACCAUGUCGACCGAAAGGUUUUUAUCCCGGGUAAGGUCUGUCUUCAGACGGGAGCCCGGAGAGGUCUUUAACGACACGGCCGCCUUUGGCUUCUCCGACGAGCUUGAGGACGAAGAGAUGCCCAAAUUCAGCAAGCUCAAAGUGGUCGUGUCCGGGGAAAUGGAGCACCAUCCGGAUGCCGAAGCCACCGGCUCCGGAGCUGCAGACUGGGAAGACGACUCUCUAAUGGGCUCGUCCGCCCGGCCGGGUGGCCCCGGUGGCCCCGCGGUACGUGCGGAGCCCUGUGACGCCUGCAGCAAGUCCAAAGACGCCGCCAAGAGAAGCAGGGUGAUCAAAAGACUGGGACUGGCGGCAGUCCUCUAUUUUCUUUUUAUGGUGGGAGAACUCAUAGGUGGUUAUGUCGCUAAUAGCCUAGCGAUUAUGACCGAUGCGCUUCACAUGCUAACGGAUCUCAUCGGUGUUAUUGUGUCCUUGCUUGCGCUGCGGCUGUCCGCGAGACCACCCACAAAAAGGUUCACCUUCGGAUUGCACCGCCUGGAGGUCGUCUCCGCCGGCAUCAGCGUGUUGCUCAUCUACAUGCUGACCGGGGUGCUCUUGAACGAAGCCAUCCAGAGGACGCUCCACCAAGACUUUGAGAUCGCUGGAGACGUCAUGCUCAUUACGGCGGCCGUCGGGGUCGCCGUCAACCUCAUAAUGGGCUUCCUGUUGAAUCAGUCGGGGCACCUUCAUUCUCACUCCCACCCCCAGCAUGACGAGACGCCCUCCCCCGGCAGCCCCCAUCAGGGCAGCCUCGCAGUCCGGGCGGCGUUCAUCCACGCUCUUGGAGACCUGGUGCAGAGUGUGGGUGUGCUCAUUGCUGCCUACAUUGUGCGCUUUAAGCCAGAGUACAAGAUUGCAGAUCCCAUUUGCACGUACAUUUUCUCCAUACUUGUCCUGUUCACAACCCUGCGAAUCAUACGGGAUACAGGGAUCAUCAUACUUGAAGGGGUGCCGAGACACCUGGAUAUGGGGCUGAUCAGGGAGGCCUUGCAGAACCUGGAGAAUGUGCAGUCUGUGGAGGAGCUGAACGUGUGGGCGCUCACAGCGGACAAGGCUGCAGCCAUGGUGCACCUGCAGCUCACACCAUCUAGUGGCCACAGGUGGGAAGACGUACAGGUCCAGGCCAGGCGCCUCCUGGUGGAUACAUACGGCUUCUACAAGUGCACGGUCCAGCUUCAGAGCCAUGGGAGCAGCGUACCUAGCACGUGCUCGACCUGUGCCCGCCUCAGUGCCUGACAGGAAGUCGCCCACACGCACACUGGCAUAGGGCUUUUACUUCUCUGCUUUUAAAACUCCGUGACUCGUGACUGUGCUGAAUUCUUCCAUUUACCACAAGGGGCCUUAAUUCUGUCAAGACUACCGAAUGUCAUGAAGGUAUUUGUUUAGGCUUUAUAUAUAUAUAUAUACUUUUAAACAAGCAGGUGCCUUAAUCUUCAUUUUUUUUUUCAGAUGUCUCUCUUAUACCUUGACUCAUUUUUUAUAUUUUAAAGGUGUUGGUGUUAUUGCCGACUGUAAAGCUUAAGUUUCUGUGGAAAGCCAGGUACCUGUUUACUCUCCUUAUCUCUGCACCUUGACCCCCAGCCAUAAUGGGUGUUACCGCCAUCACUGGCCACACAGAGGGCUGCCUUGUUCUACUGUCCCUGUGGCAUGUGGCGGGGGACCUGCUCCCUGUCACCUUCAUGUCACCUGGAAGAAAGGUGCUGGGGUGUCAUAGUGCGGAGGCAGGACACUGUGAUUAAGGGGGGGGGGGGGGGUCAUCAUGCUUGCGGUGCAGCUGGCCUGUUAUGGUGCCCAACUGGCCCUGCACUAGCAGGCGGUGAGACACACUGCAGCGACGCCUCAUGCCGCACUAGAGAAAGAUGGCUACUCACUGAGCAGCAGCAACUGACACCUUUGUGGACUGCGAUCUGUAACACUACACACACGUUACUCUGCGCGCACACACACACACACACACACACACAUGGCUGUGGUUCCUGUUUUUAGCCACCGCCUUCCACACUGCCCCUUCGUUUAGCUCUUUUUGUCAACUGCAGGGCGGGCAGGUUAACUCCCUAAGGGGGUCUCAUGACUAAUAAGGCAGCAGUUUGCGGGCGUGUAUCCUCAGUAUGUAUUAUCUGUAAUGUAUAAUCCGAUAAUUAACAGGUUAUGGUGUGAUCUGCAGUGUUUAACUUGAAAAUAAUACUGGAAUAUUUUCAUACAUUUUGGCAUAAGCUAUGUCUUGUUUUUUAUUGUUCAUAUUUCUGUCACAUCUUGUUUAGGUGACAGUGGUGUUUGUGAAAUCGUGCCAUGUGUAAGACUUGUGGGCCAGAUGCUGUGACUGGCGCUGUACGAACAGGAUAAUCAUAUGGACAAUUUAGGAUCUUGGAAGAUGUGAGGAAAAGAUAUUUGUUAGUUGAAAUAAAAUACCUUUUCUGACCAACAAA